AUGAGUAACGUACCAACUCGUCAACUAGGUAAAAAUGGUCCUCAAGUAUCGACUAUUGGAUUUGGAGCCAUGGGUUUAUCAGCAUUUUACGGACCUACUGCGCCAGAUGAAGAACGAUUCAAAGUUAUCGAUCGAACAAUCGAACUAGGUUGUAAUUUUAUCGACACUGCUGAUAUCUAUGGUGAUAAUGAAGAACUCCUAGGAAAAUAUUUCAAAACAUAUCCUGAACAACGAAAAAAAGUAUUUCUUGCAACAAAAUUUGGUAAUGUUAUUUCUCCAGAUGGCAAAUUUGGAGUUCGUGGUGAUGCAGAAUAUGUUCGUGCAGCAAGUGAACGAAGUUUUAAACGUCUUGGUCUCGAUUCAGUUGAUCUUUACUAUGCGCAUCGAAUUGAUAAGACCGUUCCGAUUGAAGAAACAGUCAAGGCUAUGAAAGAACUUGUCGACAGUGGAAAAGUUAAAUAUAUUGGUUUAUCGGAAUGUUCAAGCGAAACACUUCGACGAGCAUACGCUGUUCAUCCAAUUGCUUGCGUACAAAUUGAAUACUCACCAUUUAGUUUGGAUAUUGAACGAGAUGAUAUUGGUCUUUUGAAAACAUGUCGAGAACUUGGUGUUGCUAUUGUUUGUUAUUCGCCAUUGGGUCGUGGAAUGUUGACUGGGCAAUAUAAAAGUUCAGAUGAUUUUGCCGAAAAUGACUUUCGACGAAUGUUACCUCGAUUUUCAAAAGAAAAUUUUCCAAAGAACCUUAAAUUAGUCGAUCAUUUAACUGAAUUAGCCAAGAAAAAAAAUUGCACACCUGGUCAAUUAACACUAGCAUGGAUUAUUGCACAGGGCAAUGAUUUUAUUCCCAUACCUGGCACAACAAAAAUAAAAAAUUUAGACGAAAAUGUUGCAGCUGCGAAUAUUCAACUAAGUGAACAAGAAAUUAAAGAAAUUCGUCAAGCUUGUGAAACAGCUGAUGUCAAUGGUGAGCGUUAUCCUGAAGUAUUCGUUACUAAUUUAUUUGCUAAUUCAGCUCCAUUGAAAACAUAG